CACCAUAUAGACUCAUUUUAGGCCUCAUACAACAUCUUCACAUUUUCCGUUUGAGAAAAAAAAAACCUCUUCUAUUGCCGAUUGCUUUUUUGGGCCUGCGAAACUUUUGUGGCGUGGAAUGUGACACACCUGCACGACGCAUCAAAGAGUUCCGACAUUGUUGACUGUUUCACCUACUCAUUCGCCACCGUUUCUUGACAAUAAAACCCCCCACCUCAAUAUUAGCCCCGGAAAUACGCCCCAGAAAUAUUUAACAUUGCCUCCUUGGUUGGCACCGAUCAUGACCACAACAGACCACUUGAAUGUGCCUGUUGAGACAGGGCGCCGACGCUCACGGCAUUCAAUGAAUAGCCUGCGCAAUGGCAUCAGAAACCUCUACCGGAUCAUGUCCGAGGAGGGUCAUUUGUCCGCCAACUGCGACGUCUUUGAGGACGAGCCCGAAGAUCGCACAAGAGCUCGAUCCCAGCCUCCGCCAUAUGCCGAUGCUUCUCUGGUGAAGGGUCUCCCUGGCCCGGUGGAUGUAGAUCCUGUUGUCGAAGGAGCAGAAUUGCUUCCCUGCUACUCCUGCAGUCUCUCCGCCGAGGCCGUGUUUCCCAUGAAGAAAGAAUUGCACUCACAGUUCCGAACAGCUGGAAGCCGGCAAUGGAACAAGGUUUACGUUGUCCUCCGUGGCACAAUGCUCAACGUCCACCGUGUCAAGCACGUUGGCCACCAUCCCUUUGGUCAUGGCCCGGAACCGGAUGCUGAAGACCCUCUACGAGGAGUCGCUGCUGGACAAUUAAUUCGAAGUUAUACCCUCCAACAUGCCGAAGUGGGCAUCGCCGUUGACUACAAAAAGCUUCCCUCUGUCAUUCGAAUCCGCGCCGAGACCGACCAGUUCCUGCUGAGCUGCGGAACUGUCGAAAUCUUCUUGCACUGGCUCGAGCAACUCAAUGCGGCAAUUAGCCUUGCUUUGCCAUUGGACGAGCGCACUCUGCCCAGCUACCGCACGCUGCCAAUGCGCAGACGAGGCAGGCGUUCUGGGAGCCAGCAACAGCAAAAGUCCAACGAAGAGCCUCCAACCACUGUCGCUGUCCAAGAGCGGCUGCUGAACGAAAUCUACGAGCGGAGACAACGCGAGCGACGUGCUCAGGGACUCCUAACUACCGACGAGUCGGAGGAGGCCUCUAAUUCCCAAUCCAGUUCUGGCCGCGAAAGCCCCGCGAAUCCCGCCUCCGCCUCUUCCUCCUCCUCCCACCAUGAAGAUUUUGAAGAGCAUCACGAAUUGCAACCCACAUCAACAUCUGAGAGCCAAGCAUCCAUGACAUCCGAAGACGGAAACGAAGCCGUGGAUCCCAUCGCUGACAUGGAUUCCCAUCUUUCCAACGCUCUUGCCGGCUUGGAGCUUCUGCAGCGCUCCGCCAGUGCCAAUGACGCACACGUCUCUUCUGACUUGGCCGACGGGAAAUGGCACCCCACUCAUCCCGUGAACCGCACCCAACAGCUCAGCUUUGCUCGGCGCUGUAUGCCCACUUUGCGUUUCGCCACGCCCCGCCAGAAGGACAUUGUCAUUCACAAGGGUCAACUCUGCCGCAUCAAUUGGACAGACCACAAGCUCGAACCAUAUGUCCCGGAACCACCGGCUUAUGCGGAAACGGAAGAAGACGAGCAGCGAGAGACCGCAAUUACCGCUACCGCUGCCGCCGUGGCUGCUCUUUCUGCUCAGGACAAUCAUCCUGCCCGCCCCGCUGGCCCUAUUCGGGCUCAUACUGCGCCCUCGCACCAGCUCCCGCUCCGCCAUGUCCGCGGAAGCAUUGACGGAAUGCGUGCCCGCUUUGGAAACUCCAAGUCUCGCCACACGAGCAUGGAGCAUGAGCAUGAUCAACGAGUGCGUCAGUCCCAGGCGCAGCUCCCCACGCCUCCCUCAAGCGGCCAGAGCACUCCCCGCAUCAAAGUCUCGACUGAGGAUCGGGCGCAUCGAUCGUACUUUUUCCUCUUCUAAGCGUUUUCAGUACUCUCCCUUGUGGUACUGGCGUUGAAUUUGUUCGUCGUCGGUCUUUUUGCUUUGUCACCAUGCCUUAUCUAGACUAUUUGGCUAAGCCAACCAACCAACAGUACUCCUUUUGUGUUCUUUUCUCUUCUUCUCUUCUACCAUCGCGUUCUC